AUGUUUGACGACCUGGGCAACCUGUUAUGCACGAUCACUGGUUUUGAUUCUUUCUCUUUGCAACCAAAUGCUGGUGCUGCAAGAGAGUAUGCUGGAUUGAUGUCAAGAGGAGACCACCACCGUGAUGUCUGCAUCAUUCCUGUCUCAGCACACGGCACAAAUCCUGCAAGUGCUGCUAUGGUUGGAAUGAAGAUUGUUGCUGUUGGAACUGAUUCCAAGGGUAACAUAAACAUCGAGGAAUUGAGGAAAGCUGCAGAAGCAAACAAGGACAACUUGGCUGCUCUGAUGGUUACCUACCCUUCAACUCACGGAGUCUAUGAAGAAGGCGUUGAUGAGAUCUGCAGGAUCAUUCAUGAAAAUGGCGGACAGGUCUACAUGGACGGGGCUAACAUGAAUGCUCAGGUUACUGUUUCACAGUUUGCUAUUCCAUCUUCUGUACUUUGUUCAUUAUGCAAGCAAUCUCUUCAAGAAAUUAUUAUUCUAAAAAAUUAUGGGACACAUUUAUAUUUCUAUGUGUAG